CCUAGUGGGAUAGCCAAAUAUUUUAGCAGCGGUCACACUGCUCUGUUUUUUUGCUCCGCGUCACGUUAAAGUUUUUUAAUAGUUAAAAUCGCUUUAAAAUUAUUAUUAAAGCAGACCACGUACGCACAAGCAUUUAGAUUCGUUCUUUCAGUCCAGAGUCUAGAUAAAAAUAAACAAAGUCGAAAUGGCAGACAACGACGAUCUUUUGGACUACGAGGAUGAGGAGCAGACCGAGACCACUGCGGUUGAGAACCAGGAGGCGCCCAAGAAGGACGUCAAGGGCACUUAUGUGUCCAUACACAGUUCCGGAUUCCGCGAUUUCCUUCUGAAACCGGAGAUCCUUCGAGCUAUCGUAGACUGCGGUUUUGAGCAUCCCUCGGAGGUCCAGCACGAGUGCAUUCCGCAGGCUGUCCUGGGCAUGGAUAUCCUCUGCCAGGCCAAGUCCGGCAUGGGUAAGACCGCCGUCUUCGUCCUGGCCACUCUGCAGCAGCUGGAGCCCUCCGAUAACAACACCUGCCACGUCCUGGUCAUGUGCCACACCCGCGAGCUGGCCUUCCAGAUCAGCAAGGAGUAUGAGCGCUUCUCCAAGUACAUGCCCACAGUCAAGGUUGCUGUGUUCUUUGGAGGACUGGCAAUUCAAAAGGAUGAGGAGACCCUCAAAAGCGGUACCCCGCACAUUGUGGUGGGCACUCCUGGACGAAUUCUGGCCUUGAUUCGCAACAAGAAACUCAAUCUGAAGCAUUUGAAGCACUUUGUUCUGGACGAGUGCGACAAGAUGCUGGAGCAGCUGGAUAUGCGUCGUGACGUUCAAGAGAUUUUCCGUAGCACACCGCACGGCAAACAAGUGAUGAUGUUCUCUGCCACAUUGAGCAAGGACAUUCGUCCCGUUUGCAAAAAGUUCAUGCAAGAUCCCAUGGAGGUGUACGUCGACGAUGAGGCCAAGCUGACGCUGCACGGACUGCAGCAGCACUACGUCAAUCUGAAGGAGAACGAGAAGAACAAGAAGCUGUUCGAACUGCUCGACGUGCUUGAGUUUAAUCAGGUGGUCAUCUUUGUGAAGUCUGUACAACGUUGCGUGGCCUUGUCCCAGCUGCUGACGGAGCAAAACUUCCCCGCCAUCGGCAUCCAUCGCGGCAUGACCCAGGAGGAGCGUCUGAAUCGCUACCAGCAGUUCAAGGACUUCCAGAAGCGCAUUUUGGUGGCCACCAAUCUCUUUGGUCGCGGCAUGGACAUUGAGCGAGUGAACAUUGUGUUCAACUACGAUAUGCCCGAGGAUUCCGACACCUACUUGCAUCGCGUGGCCCGCGCCGGUCGCUUCGGUACCAAGGGAUUGGCCAUUACCUUUGUUUCGGACGAGAACGAUGCCAAGAUACUUAACGAAGUACAGGAUCGUUUCGAUGUGAACAUCAGCGAGCUGCCGGAGGAGAUUGAUCUGUCCACAUAUAUUGAGGGACGCUGAGAAUCGAAUGUGCAUGGGACUCCGUAAGAAAAAGAAAUGCACUUCAAAUAGAUACAAAACUAAAACCUUUUAUAAAACUCUACUUUAUAACUAAAUAAAACAAAUAUUCAGACAAUGUGUUGACGUACAAAAGUGA